ACUGGUUUGUCUUUUUCAGUAGACGUGAAAAUUAACAUUUUGAUGAACAAAACAGUUUAACUUAUUUAGAUUUAAAUUUGUGAUAGUAGUGGCUAACACGACACAUUUUGCCACGUACGCGCACCUAUUCUUGUGUACAAUACCCAUCGCCGUCGUCUAAACUGUUCGAUGGUAUUUUGCUACGGACACGGACCUUGUACUGUCUACAAUACCAUCGCCGUCGACUAAACGAAGGUACAACACUUUAUUUAUUUUUAGGCGCAAAUAUAAAUAUCUGGGACGAAUUGAGAAAAAAAUAUAUGGGACGAACUGAGAGAGAAGUAUUGAUGGGACGAACUGAGAAAAAAAUUCUGGGACGAAUUAGUUGGGACGAACUGAGAAAAAAAGCUUCGUGGGACGAAUUGAGAAGUCAAUUUGGGACGAACUGA